AUGUUGUCAAAAAGAAGAACCGGUGAAGGAAGGCAGAGCACAUUGUUCUGGUUCAGUCCGAUAUGCCUUCUGAUCCUGACUUCACCAUGCAAGGGGUUCCUUCCCAACUUUUGGUCUCAGGUGGUGACUCUGUCCUGGGACUCCCAAACACACCAGUUCAUCACAGAGAAGACCAUCCUCAAUGUAACUCUGGAGGUUCUGAGGAGCACCAUGAAACAUCCUGCAGAGGAAAAGGUGAGCUCCCUACUUGGUCGCAGCUUUUGGAGAGCAGUGAGGGAGGUGGUAACCGCUAAUGCCAACAUGGACUUUUUGAGUUCUACCAGGUUUGACCCGGUCUACCACUUUGAUUCGGAGCGCGUCGAUGGCUCCAUUAAAAUGCUCCGGCAGCUCUGGACUCAGACUGUGCUCUCGGUGCACGUCAAAGAGUACAAGAGUGCUCGCUACAGGUUGGGUCAGCUUUUCCAUUCCCUGCAGGAUUUCUACAGCCACAGUAACUGGGUGGAGAUGGGCAAAAGAUCAAUUUACCUCCACCUCCUGCAUCCAGAUGAACCUGCCGUUCUCUUAGCUAAAGAAAACACCCCUACCUGUAAGGAAUGCUUCACCGCCACCUGCAAGCACAACUUUCAACCAACAAUAAUGAACUCCCAGCUGCUCACCACUGGCUACUUUGGCAACUCACUUUUUAAACCUAAAGGCAAAUGCAGCCAUGGAGGAAUUAUGGACAACAGUCGCCAUCGGAGCGCCAGAGGUGGGAUCAACAAAGACAGCAAGUCACCGACCUUCUCCCCUCACCAUUAUCUUCAUGUGGAAGCUGCAGCCUUGGCUACUAAAGCCACCCUGUCUGUACUGAGAGACCUCAGAGACACUGUCGGCCCCAUGGCCUUCCUCAAGCUCUUCAGGGUGAAGCAGGUUCCUGCGUUGGUGUUCGUCAUGGACACCACAGGCAGCAUGUUUGAGGAGAUCACCGCUGCUCGACUCAGAGCUCACUCCAUCAUCGAGAACCGAGCCAAGAACGCUGAGUCUCCUGACUAUCUGCUUGUGCCCUUCCAUGAUCCAGGGUUUGGACCGGUUUAUGAGUCUGAUGACCCACAGCAGUUCAUGCAAGACCUGGAGAACCUGAUGGCUCUGGGAGGAGGGGAUGAACCAGAAAUGUGUCUCUCUGCAAUUCUGUUGGCUCUUGCUCACAGUCCACCCCUGUCAGAAAUAUUUGUCUUCACUGAUGCUUCUGCCAAAGAUGCGUACUUGUUUGAUGCGGUGAAGGCCCUCGCACUGGAGAAACAAAUCAAGAUAACGUUUCUCCUGACUGAAGACCCAAGCUACUCCACAGGGAAGUGGAGGAUGAGGAGAAAGAGGAGGAGUAUGGAGCCUCUGCCCCCUGAUCGUUUCUCUCUUUACUCCUCUUUGUCGUCCCUGUCAGGAGGACUGAUGAUAUUCACCACCGACUCUGACAUUUACAAGGUCUCAGCCAUAGUGGAAGACAAUACAGCCGUUGACAAGGUGAUUCUUUUUCAUAUGGAGAGUGAUCAGGAGUUAUUGUCCAAACGUUCCUUCAGAGUUGACAGCUCAGUAAAAAACGUCAUUCUACACAUCACCGGCUUCAUGACCGACUGUGUCCUCACCUGUCCUUCAGGCCGAAGUCAGUCUCUGCUGAGCGAGCACGGCUCCCUAGCAGAGCUGGAGCACUUCCAGGGUCUGUAUCGGAUCAGCCUGCUGCCUCCUGUCCAGCCCGGUCAGUGGAAUCUGCAGGCCAGGAGUGAUGGACACAUCACAUUCAGUGUGAUGGGAGACAGCAGUGUAGACUUCCUGUACUAUUUUGCCACUGUAACGAAUGAGACACAUCCAGGUCUGGCUCGAGUGGAAGGUAGUCCUGUGGCAGGGGCUCCGGUGUUUCUGGUGCUGACGGUUACAGGCGUGUCUUCAGCUGAGGACGUGUCUUUUCAUGUGACACUGCUGGGGGCAGAAGGGGAGAGCCUUCAGCAGGUGAAGCUGAACCACUCUUUCUCUUCACUAGUCCACAGUUUGGAGGAAUUUGUGGGCUUGGUGGACUCUCUUCCCUCAAUGGCCUUCUGUGUUCGAUUAACGGGCCAGGACAGCCGAGGAAACGAGCUGGAGAGGGUUUCCACCGAGAUGAUUCAGCCCACUCGUGUUCAGAUACAGAUGCUGUUGACCCCCCAUCUCGUACCAGGUCACAGCACGACAGUGGACUUUGACAUCCUUAAUCAUGGUCCUGCUGGGCUUUUUAAUCUGACGGCUGAUGACGAUUGUGGAUAUCUUCUCAUGAGAGGACCACACAGGUUCCAUGUUGAAGAACGGGGGUCUUUCCGUGGUCAGGUGUACCUCCUCACUCCCGCCUCAGCUGCAGCAGGAGCGACUGUCACACUCUCACUCACCGUGCAUGCUCACAACACUCCUGAAUCUAACUAUGCAGUGGCAUACUUGACUGUGGUCCCACUGAAUGUGGACACAUCUCCACCGUCCUGCUCCGCUGCACGGGUCCAGUCUGACUGCACUGCACUUUGCACCGACUCUAGCUGGAGCGUGUCUCUGGUUGUGUCAGACAAUGGUCGCUCUGGCCUCGCUGCCCUUCAGAUACUGAAUGGUGAUGGUUUUCUGAGUGUAUUUCACAGCUUACCUACAGAGGACAGCCUAGAGGAAGUCCAACUGGACCUCGAGCAGCAACACAAACACAAGAACAAAACAAGCAGAGAUCACCACCAGCACCAUCAGCACCAAUAUAGAGCAAGACUAGAGACCGGAGACCCCCCUUUGAAUGUGUCUGAGUGGGUACUGAGUUCGACUCAGCCACUCUGGGUGACGUACACAUCCAGCUGCUGCUCUGCUCAGGCAGAGGUGCUCGUGUGGGACAAAGCCGGAAACAUGAAACGCUGCCAUCUGACGUCUAGCCCAGCAAGGGUGAGGUUGACGCACCUGUGGUUCCGCCUGCCGCUCCAUCAUGGCGGCCCGAGGCUGUAG